CACGUGGUUCACUUUAUGAACUGAAGCUAGACUGUCAAAUCUGAAACUUCCAGGGGUACGAUGCAGUACAUGCAAGUCCGUGACACUUACUUCAGCCAUGUAACGCGCCAAAGAAUCGCGCGUUUGUAAAGAGUAAAGCUACUUACAUCGAUGAGCGCGAGCAGUGGUGAGGAGUCGAGCGGUUUGUUGUUUGAGGAGGAUGUGUGUGUGCUGACAGCUGCACGAGCGGCAAAACAGCAGCUCUUCAUAUCUGUGUAAGAGCACGAUAUGAAGAGAUCAGUAAGUUGGGAGUCUGGGGCUCUUUGACUGGUGCUGUUGUUGGUGCUGGCUGCUAGGUCAUGAAGAUCCGCUGGUCGAGGAAGGUGGCUCUGUUGGCCAAGGUCUGCUUCCUCUUUUCUCUGCUGUGGCUCUUCUACCUUCUUAUAGUCCGCUCGUCCCCUCAACCUCUUACCGAUAAAGAUGGCCAACAUGAUAUCCUGGUCCGUGACCUUCCGUCCGCUAAGAAGGAGGACUCCGACAGCCUCGUGCGGCCCGUUUAUGAGAAGCUACCGCCAGACCCCAGUGCUCCUGGGGAAUAUGGCCGAGCAACUCGAUUGACCCUGAGCCUUGAGGAGAAGAAAGAGGAGGAGGCCAGCAUUGAGCGCUAUGCCAUCAAUAUCCUCAUCAGUGACAAGAUAUCUCUACAUCGCCAUAUUCAAGACAACAGGAUGCAUGAAUGCAAAGCUAAGAAGUUCAACAUCCGCCGUCUGCCUACAACAUCAGUGGUAAUAGCAUUUUACAAUGAGGCCUGGUCCACUUUACUCAGAACCAUCCAUAGUGUGCUGGAGACAACACCAGCCAUCCUACUGAAGGAGGUCAUACUUGUGGAUGACUUCAGUGAUAGAGGCUAUCUGAAGUCACAACUGGCUCAAUAUCUCAGUAACCUGGAGCGUGUUCGUCUCAUUCGCACCAAAAAAAGAGAAGGUCUGGUACGGGCUCGGCUCAUUGGCGCCACCUAUGCUACAGGACACGUUCUCACCUUCCUUGACUGUCACUGUGAGUGUAUUCCUGGCUGGAUCGAGCCACUGCUGGAAAGAAUUGCUGAGAAUGAGAGCACCAUCAUAUGUCCAGUGAUUGACACCAUUGACUGGAACACAUUUGAGUUCUACAUGCAGACAGAUGAGCCGAUGGUGGGCGGCUUUGACUGGAGGCUGACAUUCCAGUGGCAUGCUGUGCCUGAAAUCGAUCGCAAGAUACGCAAAUCCAGAAUUGACCCCAUUAGGUCUCCCACAAUGGCAGGGGGCCUAUUUGCGGUCAGCAAGGCCUACUUUGAGUAUCUGGGCACUUACGACAUGGGCAUGGAGGUCUGGGGAGGAGAGAAUCUGGAACUUUCUUUCCGGGUGUGGCAGUGUGGAGGGUCUUUAGAAAUUCACCCAUGCUCCCACGUGGGUCACGUGUUCCCCAAGAAAGCGCCGUACGCUCGAUCCAACUUCCUUCAGAACACUGUCCGUGCCGCAGAGGUCUGGAUGGACUCUUACAAGCAGCACUUCUACAAUCGAAACCCUCCAGCACGCAAGGAAUCGUAUGGUGAUAUAUCCGAAAGGAUUGUGCUUCGAAAGCGGCUUCAGUGUAAGAGUUUUGAAUGGUACCUGCAGAACAUCUACCCCGGCCUGCAUGUGCCAGAGGACAGGCCUGGUUGGCAUGGAGCGGUGCGUAAUGCUGGAGUUCACUCUGAAUGUCUGGACUAUAACGCCCCGGACCACAACCCCACAGGAGCUCACCUUUCCCUCUUCGGCUGCCAUGGUCAAGGUGGUAAUCAGUACUUCGAGUACACAUCUCAAAAGGAGAUUCGGUUUAACUCCGUGACAGAGCUGUGUGCUGAGGUUCAGGAUGGAAUGACACACAUAGGGAUGAAGCAUUGUCCACAAGACGGUGCUCCCAGACCUCCCGGUAUCAUAUGGGAGUUCAGAGACGAUGGCAGCAUAUAUCACCCUCAUUCAAACAUGUGUAUCACCUCCUACCGCACAGAAGACGGCCGUGCAGAUAUCCAGAUGAGAAGUUGCUCUCCUGGAGACAAACAUCAGUACUGGAGCUUUGAGUGACUUUAAAACCCACAUGAACUUGGAUGUAAGUGCAAUUAUCAAAAAGAAUGUCACUUUUGACUUGACAUUAAAAAAGCAUUGAAGAACAGGCAUGAAAAUGGGACCCAUCCCUCCAUAUAGUGCCUCUGCAAACCAAAGUGGACAUACUUGUAGUGCCAAUUCUUGUGUUUCUUUGUUAGAGAAAUUCAAUGUGCUAUUAUAAGUCCAAAGUGCAUAUUACAACUAUUAAGAAACACAUUGUAGCAAAUUCAACCAUCCAGCAUGUUGGAACAGCAUUUUUGUUUACACUGAUGCACUAUAUGCUUCUAGUGAAUCAUUUUUAGACUUAGCAGUAACUAAUCUUUAGAUCAACUGCACAGCGAUUUUAUUUAAUUGUAUCAGAAGUGACUGAUUUGAGGAUGUCAUGAGUGGGUUUGUCCUGAUUGUCAUUGUUGUUUUCUUGUUAUAUUUUAUGUCAUUUUGAGGCUGUUUUUUGUAUUACUAGGGAAUUUAGGGUCUUUUCACCUGAUUUUGUUUGAGCUGCAUAAACUAUUUUGGCACACUGUUGUUGUGGAACUGUACCAGCAUUUUAAGUCUCACUCACACUAACAGCAGUGUUCAAGUAGUUUGUUAAUAAUGCAUGUAACACUUCAAUUUGAAGUAGAUUACAGAAACUGUAAUUCAGAGUUGGUAUAAAAUGUAACGCAAUUGUUGGACCAAAUCUUUCAAAUCCUAAACUGGUUGUCCAAAACCAAGUUUUUUCUCUAGUACACAUUUGGGAAUUAUCCUUUUUUUUCCUUUUUUUAUUUUUUUUUUACCAGUUAAUAGUUUUUAAGAAAAAUUAAUUGCUGGAAAUUUAUUGACUCACCAGAAAGUGCCUGUUCAGACAGAAUCUUUUUUAAAAAGUGCAUUUUCCUUCACUAAUCAGAAUAUUACAGUACUUUAUCAAGAUAUUACCCUAAGUUAAAUUCAUAAAUGUGACUACCGUAUUUUCCGGACUAUAAAUCACACUUUUUUUCAUAGUUUGGCUGGUCCUGCGACUUAUAGUCAGGUGCGACUUAUUUAUCAAAAUUAAUUUGACAUGAACCAAGAGAAAUGAACCAAGA